AUGGCUACUCCCAGUGAAAAUGCAGUGGGAACAACUAAUUUGGUUGAAGAUUUUGAAUCAGCAUUUCAGAAUUGUAUAUCUUUGUUGACAUCACAAGAGUAUUUUAAUGUUCAAGAUACUGAGGAAACAAAAGUAGGGGUUGACAACAGUGUUCAGAGAUUUCUAGAAUCGGCAAGGCAGUUGGAAACAUAUUUUCUUAACAAAAGAUUAAUGCUAUCUGUAGCACGACCUGAACAUGUGCUGAAUGAGGAGAUAAAAGAACUUAAAGCAGAGUUGGAACGCAAGGAGAAGCUACUAGAAAAACAUCAUGAAAAGCUGCCAAAAUGGCAGACACUUCUUCGUUCAAAUGUCUCUGUGCCAUCCACAACUCCAUCCAGCCCCUACUCAGGCUCUCAGGGACCAGCCUAUCAGAGUAUGCCUCCAGUGCCACCAAUGCCUAUGUCAACAGUUGGUCCUCAGAUGGGAGGCCCGCCUCCGGUUGCAAUGAUGAACAGCAGCAUGGCACCAGGGCAGUACCCGGGGCCACCUGCUGGUCAUCCUGGCCAGUACAUGCCACCACCAGCCUACCCACAGGGGCCAUUAGCCUACUUAGAGAGGAUGUAA